GAGCGAUUUCCCUGCCGUUGGAAUUCGAGUCUGGCUGCGCAUCCCGCCUAGAUUAUCUGCAUACACUUUGAACGUUAAAAGAGGAUCUACGUGGUGGUCGAGCGCCUCGAACCGUCAAGAUGUUGAAGAUCUGGUCGAUGAAACAACAACAGCAGCAAGCUGAAAAUGCCGAAGGCGGCGCCGGCAAGAAGAAGAAGAAGGUGACGGCUGCUCAGUUGCGCGUCCAGAGAGACCUCCAAGAACUCACCCUCGGCACGACCAUGAAAAUGACCUUCCCCAACCCGGACGACAUCUUGAACUUUGUGCUGGUGAUCUCCCCCGACGAGGGCAUGUAUAAGGGCGGCCACUUCAAUUUCUCCUUCAACGUCAACCAGAACUUCCCGCACGACCCGCCCAAGGUGAAGUGCACGCAGAAGAUCUACCACCCGAACAUCGAUUUGGAAGGGAAUGUGUGUCUGAAUAUUCUGCGCGAGGAUUGGAAGCCCGUGCUGAAUCUGAAUGCGGUCAUUGUGGGCCUGCAAUUCUUGUUCCUGGAACCGAAUGCCUCCGAUCCGUUGAAUAAGGAGGCGGCGGAGGAUUUGAGGACAAAUCGGGAGGGGUUUAAGCGAAAUGUGCGGAGUGCGAUGCAGGGAGGGAUGGUGAGGGGGGUGAAAUUUGAGGAUGUUUUGCGAUAAAUGGGUGGGGAUUGGUUUGUUUGGGGAGUGUGAGGUAUAGGUAGGCUGAGUUGGGUUUUUGGCGGGAGUGGAGGAUAGGUUGCAGUGAGUGGAGAGUGGAGGUGAGGCUUGAAGAGCAGGAGGGGGAGGAGGUUGUUGUUGCAUUGCAUUUGUCGUUCAAAAGGCUUUUUCCUUGUUUUGUUCCCGUUGUUCUCUAUUAGCGACUGGAUAGAUUCCCUGGUUCUGCUUGUGUUCAUGGUCUCGCUUUACUGUUAUCAAUGAAAGAUGAUUUGACUUUUUUG